UCCUCUUUCAUAGAGUGCUGAAUAGACCUUCUCAGUUCCCUUGUACACUGACAGAACAGUUUCACUGCUUUUCCUCUCAUCAGACACAUCCCGAGGUAACACAAUAGAAGAUGAAAUGUGCAGGAGGCUUAUAUUAAACACAGAAGAUAGCGUGAAUACAAACUGCUGACUGAGGAAGAUGAAAAGUGGCUGCUCACGGAAAUGAAAAUCUUCUUGGACAUCUAACGUUUCUCAGCAUGUCCCGUUUUGUUAGACUCAUGCGACGAAGAAGUAUGCUGACUCCUCUGAUUUAAGCUCUACGAAGCAUGAUAUAGACCUAGAUAUGUGAAUUUCUCAAUGAACAGUUUCUCAAAAGGUGUCACUGAUGAAGAUUUAACAGUGUGAACUGGCAUGUUUUGUGUCAUCACAACAGGACCGAGCUAUUUUAGCCAUAACCAAAUCUCCACUAAAGUAGUCUCAUGGAUUUCUAAAAGACAAAGAACAGGCUUUAACAUGACUUGAAAUACAGGAAACACACACAUGUAGGUGUACCUUUCCUUUACGUAGCUGCCUCACUCAAAACAAAUAAAACACCCUUUUCAUAUCGCAAAGAAAUUUAUCUUUAGCAACAGCUGCUUGACCAGUUUGGAGGUUCUCCAGCUGGACCGAAAAUGUGACGGAAAAUAACAUGGGAAUGAGGUGGUUUAAUUAGGAACAGUUGGAUCUGUUUUGGAACAAACAUAUCUUCAGUGUCCUUUAGUACGAGAGUGUUGCUCACUCAGGGGGAAAAAAAACGUCUUCUUCCCCAUUUCAUAUCAAAGUCAGCGUUAGCAAGGACAACAAUAAUGGCUUAAUUAGCAUUUCAUUCCUUUGUCUUCAUUUCGUGUCUAAGAUAAAGCAGAUAUGACUAAAACUACAUGACAUCAGACUAAAUUUUCGUUAAUAUGCGAAAUGUUCAAUAGUGGCAUGUUGAUCCAUUUCACAUCAACCAGAAAGCCUUAGCAAGUAUAUCUACGUGAGAAGCUUUUAGCAUGUCGUCUCACUUCAGCAUCUAAGAUAAAGCUUCAGCAAGGACAGAAUUCAGUUUAUUCUAAUCUACAUCACACUGUGUUUGUAAAGACAAUAUUAUACAAUUCAUGUGUGGUAGCAUUUCAUAUCAAAGAUAGGUUUAGCAAGGAUAGCACUAACUGCGUAAUCGGUGUUUUGUUCCACCACACAAUCAGAUCACAUUGUCGCACUGUAUUUUGGUAGUAAUGUUGCUCAGAUUGUAGCUUAUACCUUUGACCGACUGUGCCAUUUAAUUUUUAACUACGACAGUACUAACUCCUCAAUUAGCUUACCGUCUAAGAUAAAACUACGCAAUGGAUAUGACUAUACAUGUGUGUAUAUGACACUGGUCUGUUUCGAGAUGUUGCGCAGGGGAUUGUUUUUGUGGCUCUCUCGAGUCUGUGGCGUUUUAGUCCUGGUUUGCUGCUUUCUUUCCCUCCUUUACGUCAUCACUUGCAACCCUCAUACCGAUGACCCCUUGGUGGUACCCAGGCUGGGCGCACCAGGCUCACCAAGAGGGCCUGGUGUUCCUGGUGUGCUCAGCGGCGCCGCCUUGGGUUCAUCCAGCCACGAAAACUAUCAAGCUUUGCUUCAGGAACGUGAGGAACAGCAACGGCAACACAUUUCCAGCCUGAAGAAGCAAAUCGCAGAACUGAAGGAAGCCCUGCAGGAGCGAGUCGAGCGGCCGAAGGAGCUUCAGGAGAAACCGGGCGACGCAGCGACCGAUCUGAAUGAGUUCCUUCGCACCCAGAUGGGUCGGGCAGAGAUAAGUGCAGGUGUCCGCUUGCCAAAUGAGUAUGCUGUGAUACCGUUUGAGAGCUUCACGCUGCAGCGGGUCUAUCAGCUGGAGACGGGACUCACGCGCCACCCUGAGGAAAAACCGGCGAGGAAAGAUAGGCGAGACGAGAUUAACGAAGUGGUGGAGAGCGCCGUGCACACUCUGAACUCGCACAAACACAACAUGGGAGAUAAAUUUGGUGCAGACAAGGUGUACAGCAUGGCUGACUUCGUUGAAGGUUUAGCUAGAACGGAGAAGGAUAAAGGAACGCUGUACGAGCUGACGUUCCGUGGAGAUAGGAAGAACGAAUUCAGGCGUCUCGUUCUGUUCCGUCCCUUUGGUCCGUUGAUGAAGGUGUCGAACGAACGUGUGGCGACGUCUCAGACGGUCAUCAACAUCAUCGUACCGCUUUCACAGAGAGCCGACAAAUUCAAACAAUUCAUGCACACCUUCAGGGAGGUGUGUAUAAAGCAAGAUGGACGAGUGCACCUCACCGUUGUCUACUUUGGCCAAGACCAGAUGAACGAAGUCAAAGGAAUCCUGGAAAACACGUCCAGGGAGCUGCAUUUCCGUAACUUCACGAUGAUCCACCUGAACGAGGAGUUUUCCCGAGGCCGAGGUCUGGACGUGGGCGCCCGAGCGUGGAAAGGAGGAAACGUCCUGCUGUUCUUCUGUGAUGUUGACAUCGUCUUCACUGCUGACUUUCUCAACAGCUGUCGCCUGAACACACAGCCAGGGAAGAAAGUGUUUUAUCCGAUUCUCUUCAGCCAGUACAAUCCUGCAGUGAUUUACGGAGGCAGCGAUCACGUCCCGCCCGUGGAGCAACAACUGGUGAUUAAGAAAGACACAGGCUUCUGGCGGGACUUUGGUUUCGGCAUGACCUGUCAGUACAGAUCCGACUUCAUCAACAUAGGUGGAUUUGAUGUUGACAUUAAAGGGUGGGGUGGUGAGGAUGUGCACCUCUACAGGAAGUACCUGCACAGUAACCUGCUAGUGAUCCGCGCUCCAUCUCGCGGUCUUUUCCACCUGUGGCACGAGAAGCACUGUGCGGACGAGCUCCCGCCUGAGCAGUACAAGAUGUGCAUGCAGAGCAAAGCCAUGAACGAGGCGUCACAUGGGCAGCUGGGAAUGCUGCUCUUCCGGCACGAGAUCGAGGCUCACCUUCGCAAACAGAAGCAGCGCAGUGCCGCCAAGAAAGCCUGAAGCAUGAACCAUGGUGACUUACAUGAAAAAAUACAAUAUAGAAAACACUCACACGUCUGUGUGUGUGUGUGUGUGUGUGUGUGAAUUGCACAGGCGUUGUACUUCAUGCUGUUUUAAUACACACUUUUGGACUUCUCCUUUUGACUUGGAAGUGACGUUUGCCUUGUUUCAACAGGAACUCACUCAAGAACAGGGUAUUUCCAUGAAGCUUGUGACAUUGGAACCCUCUGAGUGGAUAAAAGGUUUAACGAUGCUGUUGCUAGGCAACUGGUCACAUGGAUGUCAAGCCUAAGCUAGCUAAAUGACCGAAACUAACGAUAUAGCAAGCUAGCAUGUUGUCUUUUACAAUGUACAGUAAAGGCACAGAGACCGUCGAAACAAGAUGACACAUUUGGAAAAUUUCCUUCAGCGAUGUUGGUCAACAGUCAUUGUAACUAAAAUUACACUUUGCAUCUGCCAUAUGGACACGGUGGGUCGUGGAUGAAUCCGACUCUCCUUAGAACAUCAUUAAGGAUUUACGCUGUAGUUAUUUUUUUAACUAGAAUUCUUGUCUAGUUUUUUGUUUGUUUGUUUGUUUGUUUGUUUUUUGAAGUAAGUUAAAGUAAGUUGUUGAAUGAUAACAUAUUAUAAGAGCACAUUGCAGCCAGACCUAGCCUAUUGUCAGAGCUGCCUUUGUAGAAAAUUAAUAAACACCUCCUGACCAAUCAGGAUCGACAACACGGCAGCGCCUGUAGUAUAAUAAAACGUAAAGAUAACCAUGUAAUGUUUACUUGUUAUGUUUAGCGAUCUGGGUUAGGUCUUAGCUGAGUGUGUUUAUUUUAUUUACACACUAAAUAAUUAGCCAAUUAGCCAGCAAGCUGCUGUAACAUAGAUUUAUGGCUGUGUAUAGCGCCCCCUAACCAGAUUUUCUCAAUCUGUGUAAGAUGAGUACUAAUGAGAAUGAUUUCAAUGACAACACUCCUAACAAACACUGAUGUUUGGGAUGAUGGAAAAGUACGACCUGAAGAUGUUGCUCAUUAAUUAAUUAGUUCAUUGUGUUGUGGUGCCCUCUUUUGGUCAUUGGAGGAACUGCAGUAAUUUAAAAAUGUACAGGUUUGCUUGAUGAAAUGUCUUUAUUUUGAGAUUAGGAGAUGCUAUGUUUGAUGUAUAUUAUGGGCAAUAGCUAUUCUAGUUUAUAUGGCCAUCUACAUAGAUGGCCAUAUUCUAGUUUAUAUGGCCAUCUACAUGUUACAUUAAUCUCUCCGUGAUCUGGAUUUUAUUCUUUUAUUAUACACUCUUCUUCAUAAUAUCAUUUAUUAAGGGUUCUUCAGUUGUUCCUUCCGGGGAAGCCUUAAAGGUUCUAUCUGAGACCCUAGAAGAGUGUUUUCCUAUCAGAUAGGUUUCCAAGUAGAAUCAUUUUAGGAAGCUAAGAAUCUUUAACUAUGCAGGAACCCUUUUUUUUCUAAGAUGGUACAAAGUACCAAGACAGUUUAGGUCAAUUGUAAACGUCUGCCAGGUUCUAGGUUUUGAGACGGAUAUCAUUUGUACCACACGCAUAAUUAAUACACACACUCUUAGAAAAGGUGUUCUUCAAGGGUUCUUUGAGGGUGGGUUAUUUUGUUGUUGUUGAUGUUGUUGUUGUUGGUCAAAGAUGAGUUGAAACCCUUUCUGGUAGGAAACAAUUUGCUGCAGGUUUCUACAUAAAAAGUUUAACAGCGCCCCAAGAGGCGAAACUGCAGAACUACUAAUAUUUCAAAAACAUUUUAGGAACGUAAGUUGUUGUUUUCCAUCGUUUUUAUUCAGGAAUAUUUGCAGACGUAAAUUAUUAAAAAAAACUUUCUUAAUUUGCUUUUGCAAUUAAUCAGAAAUAAGUUACAUGUUCAGCAUGUAUACACGUUUUUCUGAUUUUUCCAGAUAUAUUAGACAAUCCCAUUUUCUCAUUUUCUUCUUCUUCUUUUUUUUUAAAAAAAAAGAAAAGAAAAAAAAGAAACGAUUAUUGACACAUGCUGGAGUAGAAUUUUGACUUUGUCACGUAGAGAACCGAAGGUAUAAUGUCUCUAAAAUGGCAGUACUUUAAUGAAGUAAUGGUACUUCAAAAAAAAAAAAAAAAAAGCACUUAAGUACAGUAAGAUAUUGCAUUUACUGCUGUUUAAUAGCCUAAUGAUUCCUCACUGAUUUAUAAUUCCACAUCAAGUUUAUUAAUCCUUAAACUCAUUUGUACACUCGUCUAUGUGUGAUGUGGUGCUGUCUCUACUGCUUUCAGCCAAUAAGAGGACACUUUACUGGAUUUACGCCAUGAUUUAUUAUUAUCAGGAUUUCUGGGGGGGGGGGGGGGGGGUCUGUUCUUUCUCUUUUUGCUUCUGCAAUUUACAUCAGUCCUAAUUUAUUGUUUAUAGACAGACUGGGUAUUGAUCAAAAAAUGAGAAGUCUUUUGUUUUAUCCGAAGGCUGUUUGGAUAGAAGUAUUAAUAUGCACAAAUGUGUUUCUCCAUCGUCUCAUGAAGCUGAGAAAGGGAGGAAUAACCAUCUGAAAUGAAGCAUUGUUACACUUUGAAGCAUAUGCAUGUUUAUAUCAGUGUGUCGAUCAGUAAUAACCCAGAGGAUGUUCAGUUUUAUGAACAACAGAUCUCAUCACGUCAAUCACAGGGUUGUUGUGGUCACGGUCACUUUCUAAUUACGUUGUCUAAUUACGUGUAUUGAUGUCAAAAAAUAGAAGGAAGAAAAAAGAAAGACGUUUCUAACUGAACCGGACGCUAUUGAAUGGACGGAUUGAUGUUCACUUUGUCCUGAGACUCUGUUCCGUGUUGUUUUGAAUGGAGAAUUGUUUUUAAUGUAUAAGUAAUGUCUGAAGCAGACAGAAAUACAGUAGGAGUAGAUAUGACGAGUGGUUCGUAUGAUGAACUACGACUUUUUUUUUUAUUUGUUUCUGUACGCUGCUGUUGGGUUCUGUUUCAGGAUUUCAGCCUUCGCAGGGUAGCUUUACUUCCGCGACACAAAGAACAAUUGUGUUGACAAAGAUGACGUGACGUGAUCUCCUUUUUAGGAGAAGGCGAUCAGAGUGUUUUUGUGGUAAAUCGUCGACUGGAAGGCUUACAAGAAAUCGUUUUACCCUGUGCGUACUUACGUUUAUGUUCAAACGGACCCGUUAAACUGCCUUGAUUUUUGAAAAAUCUAGGGUGACUAGGGGCAGGAAGUAGAAGCCUGAUUUAUGGAAUGAUGGGCUUCAUGCAGUUGGACAGGUUGUACAUUCAAAUGGGACAGUGGUGGCUUGGCGGUUAAGGCUCUGGGUUACUGAUCAGAAGUUCGGGGGUUCAAUCCCCAGCACUGCCAAGCUGCCACUGUUGGCCCUUAACCCUCUCUGCUCCAGGGGGCGCUGUAUCAUGGCUGACCCUGCGCUCUGACCCCAGCUUCCUAUCAUGCUGGGGUAUGCAAAGAAAAAAAAUUCACUGUGCUGUAAUGUAUACAUGAUCAAUAAAGACUCAUUAAUGAAAAUCCCAGCACUGAGUGACUGUUCGGGUUUAACACCUCAGCUCUGUGCUGGGAUCAGAUUUCAGAUCUAAUAAAUAAAUAAUUAUGAAUCCAACAUGUGAUACGAGUUCUCAUCCAAGGACCAUGCUGUGUGACUAUGAUUUGUAAUUUAAAAAAAAAAAAAAAUUUGUAUUACGAAUGAAAUUAAACCGUAAGCCAUAUUUAAUAUUAUUAGUAUUAUUUGGAUAAUCCUCAGACGCAGAUUGAGCCACGCCUUAGAUCAUAUCAGUUUAUAUAGGAGGUUAAAGAAGAUUGUUUACAGCUUGACUUUAAAACGGGAAAUAAAAGUUCAGGCUUGAAGAGGAAACGGAACGGUUUGGGAUGUCCCAAAAGUUUCGGCGCUAAGACAGUAAUUGAUGGACAGACAGAGUACUUUCGUUUUUAGCUUCCCAUAUUGAACCUAUAUAAUAAGAGAUUUCUAUUUAUUUGUGUUAUACGUUAUUCUUGAUUUAUUUUUUAUCCAUUUUUUAAAAUGUAAAACCUUUUGCACAGAUGAAAUAUGAAAAGAUUCAAAAACAAGCCUGCAAACUGUGGGUGUGUGUAAAAUAUCCACGUGUACACUUUAAUAGAAAUUUCUUUACAUCUUUUUUUUUUCCUUUUUUUUUAUUAAGUGAAACAGUUCCUUAAAUAAUGAUUAAAAAAUAACACAUCAGUAAUAUAUAAAUGUAUUAUGUCUUUAUAUAACACACUGAGCUUCUAUGUGUAUUUACAUGACUUUUUAUGGCAGAAUGUUCUAAUAAACAUUCAUUCAGUUUA